UUUAUUCUCAGAGGGAAUAUAUGAAGGAGAAGGUGGAGGAUUGUGCUGAAGAUGAGGCGACUGAAUCGGAAGAAGACCUUGAAUUUGAUGAAAGAAUUGGAUGCCUUUCCAAAGGUUCCUGAAAGCUAUGUGGAGACUUCAGCAAGUGGAGGCACAGUUUCUCUGAUAGCAUUUACAACGAUAGCUUUCCUGACUAUAAUGGAGUUCACGGUGUAUCGGGACACAUGGAUGAAAUAUGAAUAUGAAGUAGACAAAGAUUUUACUAGUAAGUUAAGAAUCAAUAUUGAUAUUACAGUUGCCAUGAGGUGUCAAUAUGUGGGGGCUGAUGUUCUGGAUUUAGCAGAAACAAUGGUCGCCUCUGCGGAUGGGCUAAUCUAUGAACCAGUAGUAUUUGAUCUCAGUCCACAACAAAAAGAAUGGCAAAGGAUGCUGCAGCUAAUUCAGAGUAGGCUGCAGGAAGAACACUCUCUUCAAGAUGUGAUAUUCAAAAGUGCUUUUAAAAGUGCUUCUACAGCACUGCCGCCACGGGAAGAUAAUUCAUUGCAGUCUCCAGAUGCAUGCAGAAUUCACGGUCAUCUCUAUGUCAAUAAAGUGGCAGGGAAUUUUCACAUAACUGUGGGCAAGGCAAUACCACACCCUCGAGGCCAUGCACACUUGGCAGCCCUUGUAAGCCACGAGUCCUACAACUUCUCUCAUAGAAUAGAUCAUUUGUCAUUUGGAGAGCUUAUUCCAGGAAUUAUUAAUCCUUUAGAUGGAACAGAAAAAAUAGCAUCGGAUCACAACCAGAUGUUCCAAUAUUUCAUCACAGUUGUGCCAACCAAACUCCAUACAUACAAAAUUUCAGCAGAAACUCAUCAAUUUUCAGUGACAGAAAGGGAAAGAGUAAUUAACCAUGCAGCUGGCAGCCAUGGGGUGUCAGGAAUAUUCAUGAAAUACGAUAUCAGUUCACUUAUGGUGACAGUGACAGAAGAACACAUGCCUUUCUGGCAGUUCCUAGUGAGGCUGUGUGGCAUUAUUGGAGGAAUUUUUUCAACUACAGGAAUUUUACAUGGCUUUGGAAGGUUUGUAGCAGAAGUUAUUUUUUGCCGUUUCAGACUGGGCUCUUACAGAUCCACAUCGGUCCCACUUGCUGAUGGCCACACAAGCAACCACUUACCUCCGAUUACAGACAAUAGUACGCAUUAGCCUCCUGAGAAAACUUUCUUUCUCCCUGCCUGAUACAGAAGAUGUUUUUUUAUAAUAAAGAAAACGUUGUGCAAUACGCUGAGACAGUGCUGAUGGGCAGCAAAAAAUGAAACCUUUACAAAAAAAAAAACCCAAAACCAACAAAAAAAACCCAAAACAACAAAGC